ACUGAAGGGCCUCUCUGCAAUUUUUGUAGAUAUUAGCGGUUUUGAAGCAUCGUUCAGUUUUAUUGAGCGAGUCUCUCCGUGCCUUACCCUCUCAAGUCUCAACCAACCACUGCUCCAACCGCCGUCGCCGCUGCCUAGAAUUCGUCUCUCUCUAGUUAGCCUGCCCGAAGCCAUGGAGAAAACACUUGUAGCAGAGCAAAUGAGUGCUGCGCAGUCAAAUGCAAAUGCAAAUUCAAAUGCAAAUGUAAAUGCAAAUGCAGAAGCUAAGAAAAAUAAUGAUAACAAGAAGCAGCGUAGAAGAAUGCCGAGCCCGCGUGAAAUGGUGUCUCACUACGAGAAACAGGGGAUGGAAACUCAAGAAGCCUCCCUCAAAGUGAUUCAGGACCUACAGGGAGCACUAUUCAAGUUAGUGACAGAUAGCCGAAAGACCAACUCCCAAAACACCACCAAGGGCGCCCCCGCCUCAACCAAGCUGGACACACUCCAUUCUCGUCUCCUCCACAUCGAAUCCAAGCUCGACUCCAAGCCCAGUUACCCACAGGCCUUGGCACUCGGCGUCGCCUCCUCUGGCAUUUGGAAUGCAGCGUGCCAAAUCUGGGAUUCAGUUCGCCGAGCCGGCUCUUAGCUCUGUCACAGGUACCUCUGCUUUAACUGCCUUAAAAUCUUCAAUGCAUUUCGUAUCUUAGGAUAUAAUGUGGAAACAUAAUAAUGCAUGCUUAAAACACAUGGAAUCAGCUCAAACCCGACGGGAUAUCGGCACUCGAUUUUCGCUGCUUUUUUUACCAUCUUCUAAAUAAUCUUGCCAUUGGGUGUUUGUUGC